AGACAGUACUAGCCAGAACCGAAGUUAAUCUAACCUUUGACGCGUGCUUUCUCUCAUGAUCGUUUGAGACGGACGUAUUUAUACUUCUAUUUUAUAUAUACAAAAUAAUGGUAACACACAACGUAUCUCAUCGUCGACCUCGCAUAGAUCCGUGAUAUUUUCCUUUUUUUUUUAUAUACUUCGAUUUUUCUCGAGGACAAUUUAACAAUACAAUUCGACGUCUCAUCUUGUCUCGCGUUCUACCUUCAGGAAUAUGGUGGACGUGCAUCUGUACGACUCGACGAUUUGUCGAUUAUGCGCGGCGAACAACGGUAACGAGCAAUUGUUCGUUAACGAGAAAGGCGAGUCGGAUCUCUGCUCACUGGUGAAUCGUUAUCUGCCGCUGAAGAUUCAUGACGAUGGAAGGUUACCACGGACAAUUUGUCCGGGUUGCAAUAUUCAACUGGAAGCAACGGCACAAUUCUUUGAGUUGCUGGUGGCUGGCCAACGCAAAAUACGUGAGCUUUGGAAGCACCAGUUGGAGCAACAGCGCAAGACAGAUCGUUUACACAACAAAGAAAAAAAUACAGAGUUUGGAACAGAAGAAAUGGAAGUGGAUAAUACAACUCAGUAUAAUGAGGAUGAGCAGUACGAGCAGCAAAUGAUUAUUAAGAUUAUGCCAGAUGGAUCUAUGUAUACAGCGGAACAUGAAAUGCGUUUGCAGAUGGAAGGUUUGACUAAACCAAGAAGAAAACGUGGACGUCCAUCCAAAGUACACACAGAGGAAGAUUUUGUGGUGACAAAGGAGAACUCUGUAGAAACUGUGAGUCAAGGUGAAGAAGAUAAGCAGGAAGAAGAGGAAGAGAUAGAUGGUGACAGUAGACGUAGAAGAAAGCGAAAAGUUCCCAAAAGAUUUCUAGAAGCAGUGCAGGGAAAAGAAUUAGAAAGAAUAUUUAAGGAGGAAGGUGUGAUCGAGGAAGACGAUAAUGAUUCUGAAAUGUGUGACAACUCAGAAACUCCGUUAAAUACUUCUAGUCAGGAUGGUCAGGAAGAAGUAAUAGGUCAUCUUGAAACAGAAGAAGGUACGGACUUGGGUGAGGUGGUAAUUGUAAAUCGUGGACGUAUACGAUCAAAAUCAAAACUGCGCCGUCGGAAAAAUAAGUUCACAUGCCAGCUCUGCGGCAAGGGUUUUCUACAACGUAGCAGAUACAUAGUACACAAGAGUUUCCAUAAGGGUAUUAUGAAUGAAUGUACACAAUGCAAGAAGGUAUUCGAUAGUAAAGAGAAUCUGAUAUUGCAUCAAGAAACUCAACAUAAUUCAAAUUCUGCUGAAGAAAAUGUCGACGCACAGGAGUCGCAUGAACCACAGAAUCUACAACCAAGCAACUCCACGAUGAAGCUUCACGAUGAGAUAGCACGAGAUUCCACAAGUAUAAUUUAUAAAUGUGAAAAAUGCGACAAACAAUUUGAAUUGAAACAAGAGUAUGAAUUGCAUAUUAGAGUGCACGAGCAACCGGAAAUCACCUGUAGUACUUGUAAUAAAACUUUCACAAGUCAAUCGGACUUGAAGACGCACAUGACUACGCAUGGGAAAACUAAGUCGGAUAAAGGCUAUGCUUGUGAUAUCUGCGGCAAAGUCCUGAGUCACCCAAGUUCCAUCUUAUAUCAUAAGGAAGCCGAGCACAGCAACGGGCGUCGCUUUGUCUGCAACAAAUGCAAUAAAAGUUUCAAACAUAAACAACUGCUCCAGCGGCAUCAAUUAGUGCACUCGGAUAAUCGGCCACACAAUUGUAAAUCUUGUAAUGCGAGCUUCAAGACAAAAGCAAACCUGGUUAAUCAUCAAUCCACUCAUACUGGUCAGAAAAAGUAUCUCUGUGAAAUUUGCAAGCAACAAUUUGCGCAUAAGACUAGUCUUACUUUACAUUACAGAUGGCACAGUGGUCAAAAACCAUUUACUUGUUCGGUAUGCCAGAAGAGUUUCUCGCAGAAUGGCAAUUUGCAGGAACAUAUGCGCAUUCAUACUGGUGAAAAACCAUAUAGCUGUGAUUUUUGUAGCCGAAAAUUUACUACAUCGUCACAAUUCAAGUUACACGUGAAACGACAUACUGGCGAGCGGCCGUGGAAAUGUGAAUUUUGCUCCAAGAGUUUUUUGCACAAGGACACAUGGAAAUGUCAUGUACGCCGGCACAAGGGGGAACGUCCAUUUCAAUGUAACCAAUGUAACCGUGGAUUUACAGAACAGUGGGCACUGAAAAAACAUCUUCGUUUACAUACUGGUGAGAAACCUUAUUCUUGUGAUAUAUGUGGCAAAGCUUUCGCUGAUUGUUCGAAUAUGACAAAACACAAAAAGGUGCACAGAGAAAAUAAGACAUCGACUGUGAAUCGGUCGGAAGGAUCUCCAAUUGGUGAGGUGUGGCAAAUUUUGCCAAACUCGCAAGAGACUAACGAACAGACGUUCAAUGAUCAAAUAAUUGCCACUGACGAAACCUCUAAUGAUGGGAUCCAACAGAUUAUAUAUGUAUCUUAUCAAGAUCCUCAAGAUUCUCAAGAUCCUAAUCAAUCACGAACGUUGCAUUUAGUUGAUGCCAACAUCAAGAACAAAGACGUGAUACCAACAAAUGUGAAUUCCUUGUCACGUUUAGAUGUGGAGAAUGAUGAAAUUAUUACUGAUAAAAUUAUGACUAAUGCAGCUAGCAGCAAUGAGGAGCAGUCAGAGGUCGAAUUGUCGGAAUCAGAUUUGCAACUGCAGAUCACAGAUGAACAUGGAAAUCCAAUUCCGUUGUCUAUUCAAGAAGCUCGACAGUUUCUUUCACAGGGACAUUUCGUUAGCCAAUUGAACAAUCAGGUCAUUAGAGUUCAUCCUGGAAUGUUUGCGCAACAACUUCAGGCCUUAAAUAUUCAUGUUGACGAAGAUACUGAAGACAGUAUUAUAAUGCGCCCAAAUAGAACCAAAAACAUCGAAGCGAUGACGGCAAUUCAAGCUGACGCGGAAGCAAUCGUCCAAGCUCUUGAGGAUGAGGAUACUGAUGCCACUGCAGUUGCGACGAUCAAUCAGCUAGGAAGCAUCGAACAGACUGGACUCGUGGAUGGUGAACAAGCGAUCGAAUUUAUGACUCAGGAUGGACAAAAAGUUCGCAUUUUAACAACAUGUCCUAUUGAUCCGCUGCAACUCGCUUCAGAAUACUUGACUAUUGUGUAAAAAAGAAAAAAUUCGAUAUGUUCAUAAUCAAUAAUUUUUUUUAAUGAAUAUGUUUAUGGUUAUAGGGGUUUAUAGAGAUCUAUAAAUAAUGCAAACUCCAACAAAUUGUUUGUUCAAUUUUUCACAGAAUAGGUAGUGUAAUUUAAAUACAUAAUACAUAAUAUGCUAUUUGUAAUAUUUCUAUUGGAUUAAUGAAGGAGUUUAGUCGAAAUUAUAAUAGAGUUGCUACAUCGAACAAAUUUUUUAAAUUGUUGCAUAAUCGCUUAACGAUUGCUCAGAAAUCUUUACCAUUCUAUAUGAUUAUAUAUGAUCAUAUACAUAUGAUUAUACAUGAUCAUAAAUGAGAUUAAAGAUUAAAGGUUGAAAAUAAAAUGUAUAGUGGAUUAUUGAUGAUUCAUCAUAGGAAUCGUAACUGAUUAUUUGAUUUAUUAAACAUAAUAAUUUCUUUUUAUGUAUAACAAUAUAAUAAUAAUAAUAUUGUAUUGUAUUAUAAAAUAUACUAUAAGAAGUGUGUACCCUGAUAUAUGUGUACAAAUUCAUGUGUUACGGCAUUUAUGAACCUAUGUGUACUUAUAUAUUUAUUGGAACGUAUAUAAAAAAAUAUGCGCGCGCGCGUGCGUGUGUUGUAUGAAAGAUAUCUCAGAACCAAUAAAGUGAGAAUGGAAUAAUUUUACAUGAAAAAGUAAAUCAAAAAAAGAACAAAACUUCAUUUUUUAAAAAGACAGCUUUGAAUAUUUCUCAGAUACACAUUCAUAUAACGAGCAUUUGUAAUAUUAUAUUUCCUACAAAAACCAUGCAGCAGUUCAUUUUUUCAAAAUCUAGAUUAUAAUUUUGUUGCAGCAAAAAUCAAUCAGAAAACAAGAAAUAUAAAUAAGUAGAAAAUAUAAAAUUUUUGGGAAGAACAAAUUAAUCUAGAAUUUUGUUUUUUAUUUUUUUAAAAUAAAUUUCUCGAAAUAUUAAUUCUAAAGUUUAAAUCUUUGUUUGCAUAUACGAGUACAUUAUAAGAGGUCCAAAGAAAAAUUGUCAUAUACAAAGUAAAAUAUAAAAGAUUGUUUCUGAGUACUUGUAAAAUUUUG